GUCUCUGUUGCAUUUCUUGUUUCAUCAAAAUCCUUCCAGCUUUCACAAAUUGAAUUACGAUAAGAAUUGGUUCCGAAAUCUCGUGGCCGUUUCUCGAAUUGAAGACUUCACAGUAUAUCGUGUAAAAUUAAAUUCUGGCUUCGAAUUACUACUCAAUGGAAGGGGAUUUCGAGGCGAAUGACAUGCUCACGCUCACACAGGAUCCCUUUGAUGCUAACGAUAAUGAUAAUUUAGCAACUGAAGGGGAAAGAUGUGGAAUAUGCAUGGAUAUUGUUGUUGACAGGGGAGUUUUGGAUUGCUGUCAGCACUGGUUCUGCUUUGUAUGCAUUGACAACUGGGCUACCAUCACUAAUCUCUGCCCACUUUGCCAGAAUGAGUUUCAGUUGAUCACAUGUGUUCCAGUAUACGAUACCAUUGGAAGCAAUAAAGUUGAAGAUGACUCAUACUUCAGAGAUGAUGACUGGUCCAUUGAAGGGAAGAACAACACUCUAUCAUUUCCCUCCUACUACAUCGAUGAAAAUGCAGUUAUUUGCUUGGAUGGUGAUGGCUGCAAAGUUCGAAGUGGAUUGGCAACUAUUGAAGGAGAUUCUGGUCUUGAUACAUCAAUUGCUUGUGAUUCAUGUGAUAUAUGGUAUCAUGCCUUCUGUGUGGGAUUUGAUACUGAAGCUACAUCUGACAGUACGUGGUUAUGCCCAAGAUGUGUGGUUGAUGAAGUUUCUAAAGGAACAGAUGCCAAUUCAAUACAGAGGGCAACCGGGGAAAGUAACCCAGAGAAUAGUAACAGUGAAUGUCAUGCUGAGGAUUCAUUUUCAGGAAAAGUGUGUGUGUCUGUGGCUGAUAGUGGAGAGACAGCUGUUGUUGUCUCAAUGGUUGACAGAAAUACAUGGGUUCCAGCAACAAGCGAGAAAGGCCUAUUGCCUCUUGAAAUUGAUGGGGAUAUGUUGACUGAAUCAUGUAUGUUAAUAUCUGACACAGAUAAUCAGCAGAGGGAGACAGAAAAGACAAUUAUGUCACCAGUCAUGGAGGAAGAGGAACUGGAGCUGUCCUUAUCGCACAAUGUAUCCUGUAGCCUAACUUCUAAAUCCGUGGUGCAUAAUGAGUCAAAGAAAAGUGCUAAUGGAGCAAGGAGUGAACCAAGUGGCUUUGAUGGAACCAAGUUAUUUGACGAGUCCCAUGUCAAAACUAGUCCAUCCAGAAAUGAAUCUGAUAUGGGUCUUCAUCUUGGUUUGUCGGUGGGCUCUUUUUUAUCUGUUGAUAAUGCGGAUAAGAAUGAAACAAAAGAUCAAGCAACUGAUGUCCUAUGCUUGAGUCCUGAAGAAUUUUUUUCAAAAGGAGAUGAAAUUGAAACCAAUGCUCGGAAGGACAAUGCCAGAGUAACUGCUGGAAAGAGAAAGCAUGUCGAAUGCAGUUAUGAGCAAAUUCAUAUAAAAGUUGAUGAUGGAGAUGCCAAGCCUGAACUUCCGGUUGAAGUUUUGCAAAAGAAAAUUAGAGCUGCUGGUAGUCAAAUGAUUAGUGCUAAUGACUCAGCUGAUGCUCAUCUUUCAGACAACGCUAAAAAAUACCCUGCUUUAAAACAUUCUCCAACAAAGGAGAUUGUCACAUCAGAUAUAAUGAAUAUAGUUAAAGGGUCGAACCGGAGGCUUUCCAAGGGACUUGCUGGAACUAAUGCUUUUGACAAGUUAUCUGAAAAGAAAGAAAAUAUGGAUGGGUUGAGGGUUAAAAAGAUCAUGAAGAGAGUUUCUGAUGAUGGAGAAUCAUCCUUGGUAGUUCAAAAUCUAAGGAAGGAAAUUAGAGAAGCUGUCCGUAACAAAUCCUCCAUAAACUUUGAGGAUAACAAUUUUGAUACAAAGCUUCUUGAAGCAUUUAGGGCUGCUAUAGCAGGGCCUAAAACUGAACCUGUAAGUAAGUUAUCUCCCUCAGCUGUAAAGGCAAAGAAGUCAAUGUUGCAGAAAGGAAAAGUACGUGAACAUCUAACAAAGAAAAUUUUUGGGACUUCAAAUGGCAGAAGAAAGCGUGCAUGGGACAGGGACUGUGAAAUUGAGUUUUGGAAAUAUCGUUGCAUGAGAGCUUCAAAGCCUGAAAAGAUCGAAACUUUAAAAUCAGUUCUUGAUCUACUAAGAAAAAGUUCGGAGAGCCCAGAAUCAAAUCAAGCUCCUGAACGUCAGGCCAAGAGUCCUAUACUUUCCAGAUUGUAUUUAGCAGAUACAUCUGUUUUUCCACGGAAAGAGGAUGUCAAACCUCUCUCUCUACUUAAAACCAUUGCUAGCUCAGAGCAGACUAAACAAAAUAACCCAUCAGGAAAAGUAUCAAAUCUAUCUCUUGAUAACAAUAUUAUAAAAGCAACACAGAUAAAUAAUCUUUUAUCAAAGACCAAAGUCUGUUCAUCUGAAAAAAAAGUAGAUAAGAAGAUUGUACAUGGCUCAGUUGAUGAUAAUUCAGCUUCUGGUAAAGCACGUUUGAGAAGUCCCACAAAAGGGGCAUCAGUUUCAUCAGCUGGUGCCAAAGUUGGCACAAAGGAGUUAGGCCUAAAAUCUGAUUCUAUAAAGAUUGAUAAAAGAAAAUGGGCCUUAGAGGUUCUUGCGAGGAAAACAGCUGCUGCAAGCAGGAACACAGCAAAUGAAAAUCAGGAAGAUGAUGCAAUUUUUAAAGGAAAUUAUCCUUUGCUGGCCCAAUUACCAGCUGAUAUGAGACCAGUACUGGGACCUUGUCGCCACAAUAAAAUUCCUAUAUCAGUGAGGCAGACACAACUUUACCGCCUGACAGAGCGCUUAUUGAGGAACACAAACCUGCCAGUCAUUCGCAGAACUGCAGAUACAGAAUUGGCUGUUGCAGAUGCAAUUAAUAUUGAAAAGGAGGUUGCUGACAGAUCAAGCAGCAAGCUUGUGUAUCUAAACCUUUGUUCACAAGAGCUCUUGCAUCGCGCAAAUAACACAAAAUCCAAUGUACCUGCCUCAUCAGCAGUGCUCACUGAUCAAUCAGAACAAAAUGCUGAUGAUCUUUCAAAUGAUCCUGCAGUUGAAAUAGCAUUGAAAGAUGCUGGUCUAUUGUCUGAUUCGCCACCUAGCAGUCCACAUAAGAACAGAGAAAUAUGUAAUGAAGAUGAUAUGUCAGGGCCGGAUAAUAUACUUGAACUGGAUUCUCAUCCUGAUCUGGAUAUUUAUGGUGAUUUUGAGUACGAUUUGGAGGAUGAAGAUUACAUUGGUGCUAGUUUUACAAAGGUCUCAAACCCAAAACAAGAGCAAAGUGAGUCAAAAGUGAAACUUGUUUUCUCCACCAUGAACUUGAAAAAGUCAGAUAAUGCUUUGGAUUGUCCAGACUGUGAGGGGUCUGAAAACAAUGAAGUGUCAGGAGAUGCUUCCUGCUCUCCAAACUGUCACAAUAAUGCAGUGCAUAGGGAUUCUACAAUUGAUGCAGAGAUUGGCCAGCCUUCUGUUUCUUCUGAGCUCCCACAUUGUGAGGGUGCUGUUGAGCCAGUUGAUUCAGAAUUUGAAGAAUUAUAUGGCCCUGACAAAGAACCACUUAUAAAAUUUUUUCCAGAUGGUGAAUCAAGAUCAUUAUUACGUGGAGAGGACAAGACAGAAACUCUAAGUGAGGUCAAUGACUGCCAUAAUGACGUAAAACACGUCUUAGACAAAGCAGUAAAUGUUUCGAAAUUUGGGCAUGAGAAUCUCACAGAGAAUGUGUUUGUCACUGCCAGCACUGACAAAUCUAAUAUAGCUGAGGCGGGGGAAAAUUCCCGAAGGAAGGAAGAGAAAUCUGACAUCACUUCCAAGCAGUCGGACUCUGUAAAUCAUGUUACUAGGAAGGUAGAAGCCUACAUCAAGGAGCAUAUCAGGCCACUGUGCAAGAGUGGUGUGAUCACGGCUGAUCAAUACAGGUGGGUUGUUGCAAAAACAACUGAUAAGGUUAUGAAGCAUCAUUGCAAAGCAAAGAAUGCUAAUUUCCUCAUAAAGGAAGGUGAGAAAGUAAAGAAACUUGCAGAGCAGUAUGCUGAAGCAGCCCAACAGAAUAGAAAAAAUUGAUUCCCGUAGCAUCAUUUAAUCCUCGAUAAGUUUUCUUGAGCUAUUGCUCGUUAUUCACCAAUUUUUUUUUUUAUUUGGGGUGCUACACCUUUUUAGAAACUUGCUUUAGUGGGCAACUGUGAAUACAUGUUAGAUUUGCCUUAGCUGAUCAUUAAUAUGUGAAUUGAGCACACAAUGGGGAUUGAUUGAGGACUGAAAGAACUUGAGGUACGGGGUAAAAUGACAAAUUUUCAUGAGAUUAUUCAAAUGAACGUAGAAUUUGAUUACUAAUGGGAGAAUUGGU